CAUACCCAGUUGUCAACAUGAAUGGUACAGAUGGAACUAAAGCUUCGAUUUCUUGUGAUAGUAACAGUGCGCCAUAUACACUGGCCUCUACGAUAUCCCAGGCGAGUUUCGUUAUUUUCAUUCUAAUUCUUGAUGUUUGCGGAAAUUGCUUAGUGAUCGGUGCUAUUUUACAUUAUCGGCGGCUUCGCACGGUGACAAACUAUUUCAUCAUCUCUUUGGCUGUGUCAGAUGUUCUCAUCGCCGCUCUUUCCAUGCCGUUUCGCAUUCACCACACACUGAACUAUAUGUGCUGGGAUCUAGGUCAGAUUCUUUGUGAAGUUUGGGUGUUCGUGGACCUACUGUGUUCCUGCGCGUCCAUAACAAACCUAAGCCUUAUCUCGAUCGACCGAUUCUUAGCGCUAAGUUUCCCACUGAGCUACAGGAGUAUUAUGACGAAAAGUAGAGGAUUUGCCGCCAUUACCUUCGUCUGGGGUUACUCUGGCCUCAUAGCAGCUUUAUCUUUCACGGGUUGGUCCCCUGACGCAGAAACGAUUUCUUCGAAUGAGUGCAAGAAAUCGGAUCCUUAUUAUUAUUUGUUCGCCAUAACUGCUGGUUUUUUCCUGCCUUUAACCAUUCUCGUUAUCAACUACUCAAUGGUUUUCAAGGUCGCCUUCACACAGGCCAAAAAACUGCAGCUGUUAAAAUCAGCGAGUGCGAUGGAGCCUGGCGAGAUAUCUGAGGCGGACAUUCGAAAGGACGCGCGCCAAAGCAUCGUAAAUAUUGGACGGACGGAGCGUAAACGUCGAAAAUCAAUCGUACGCGAACUGAAAGCCACUAAGACUCUCGCUAUCGUCAUCGGAACUUUCAUCGUUUGUUGGUUACCCUUCUUCAUUAUAAUGUUUAUAGUACAAUUUUGCGGGGACUGCUUGCUUAAGAUUCCUGAGAAAGGACGACAAUUUGUGGCGAUCGUUUUCGUUUACGUAUUACCUUUGCUGAACUCGGCCGUAAAUCCAAUUAUUUACUCGAGCUUUAACAGCGAUUUUAGAAAAUCUUUCAAGGAUAUUUUCAUUCGCAUUUGUGUCAUCCGAGGACGGGACAGUUACACGCAUAGAUCGACUUCAGGCGAUGAAGAUGUAUCUGUAGUGACAUUUUUUACCAGCAGAUUUGGUAAUGGAACAACCCCACAGAUUGUUAUUCAGGAGGCAAACUCGGCUUCAGAAGAGGGAGAUUCAGUGUAAUUAGAAUUCGGAAAUCUUAAAAGAGAAGUGAUACAACGUUCAAUAAGAAAAUUGCAUGGAACCCUAAAUAAGCAUCUAUCAUUUAACAUCGAGUCGCUAAUAAAUUGUUUUCUGCAUGAUUUUUCUUUGUUUAUGUGGUACACGCGCCAAAAGAAUGAAGUUUGCUUUUUCCUUGUCGCUCUCGCAGGGACAAAGCACUAUUGUAAUGAAUUGAGGAAAUGCUGCUUUGGUGACACGUCCAAGUGUCAUUAUAACGAAAGAACUCUCAAGUAAAUUGAAAUGUUAGCGAAUUUAGCUUUGUACCUCUCCGAAGCAUUUUUGCUUUUCAAAUUCAACGGGUAGGAAACAUUUUUUUAAUGAAAACGAUUUUCAGGAAUGUUUACAUUUAUUUAUUUAUUUAGAUAAUCUAAAUGUAAGGAAUAGGCAUUGCUAAAAGAAGCGUUUGCUUAGCGGCGAAACGAUAACGAAUUCAGUGAAAACAGUGUUAUGCUAAGUUCCCUCCGCAAAAUUUGCCCUUCGGUGUGCGAAUGGUUCUACUGGGAAUAAAGAAUUGCCACGAUAAAGUUUUAAGCAAAAUAAAGACGCAGGUUAUUUUUUUCGAACCCGCUUAGCAUAAAUAAUAAAUAAGGAGGAAAAAAAUUACCAG